CGGGGGCGGCGGCGGCGGCGACGGCGGCGACGGCGAUGAGCGACAUCGUAGAGAAGACGCUGACGGCGUUGCCGGGACUCUUUCUGCAGAAUCAGCCUGUUGGAGGGUCCCCCGCUGCCAAAACGUCCUUCUCCUCCAGGCUGGGCGGCCUCAUCCGCGGCAUCACCGCGCUCACCUCCAAGCACGAAGAGGAGAAAUUAAUCCAGCAGGAAUUGAAUAGUCUGAAAGCAGCUGUCUCUGCUCCCACAACAACACUGAAAAUGAUGAAAGAAUGUAUGGUGAGACUUAUAUAUUGUGAGAUGCUUGGAUAUGAUGCUUCCUUUGGCUAUAUACAUGCAAUCAAGUUGGCCCAACAAGGAAACCUCUUAGAAAAAAGAGUAGGCUAUCUGGCUGUUUCUUUGUUUCUACAUGAAAGUCAUGAACUGUUGCUUCUCCUUGUGAAUACAGUGGUAAAGGACUUGCAGAGCACUAACUUGGUGGAAAUAUGUAUGGCUCUUACUGUUGUCAGCCAAAUUUUCCCUCAAGAAAUGAUUCCAGCUGUUCUUCCUUUAAUAGAAGAUAAACUUCAACAUUCUAAGGAAAUUAUACGAAGAAAAGCUGUUCUAGCAUUGUACAAAUUCCAUCUCAUUGCUCCUAAUCAAGUACAGCAUAUCCAUAUUAAGUUCCGAAAAGCACUUUGUGACAGAGAUGUUGGAGUCAUGGCUGCUUCAUUGCACAUAUACCUUAGGAUGAUUAAGGAGAAUCCAUCUGGAUAUAAAGACUUGACUGGAAGUUUUGUAACCAUUUUAAAGCAAGUAGUUGGAGGAAAACUCCCAGUAGAUUUCAAUUACCACAGUGUGCCAGCACCCUGGUUACAGAUUCAGCUUUUGAGAAUACUUGGACUUCUAGGAAAAGAUGAUCAAAGGACAAGUGAAUUAAUGUAUGAUGUUCUUGAUGAAUCCUUACGAAGAGCUGAAUUAAAUCACAAUGUCACUUAUGCUAUUCUAUUUGAGUGUGUGCACACAGUCUAUUCUAUUUAUCCUAAAUCAGAUUUACUUGAGAAGGCGGCCAAAUGCAUAGGCAAAUUUGUUCUGUCACCUAAAAUAAACCUCAAGUAUUUAGGACUGAAGGCUCUUACCUAUGUUAUCCAACAGGAUCCCACUCUGGCUCUUCAACACCAGAUGACAAUAAUUGAAUGCUUAGACCAUCCCGAUCCUAUUAUUAAAAGAGAGACACUGGAACUUCUUUAUAGAAUUACAAAUACACAGAAUGUAACAGUAAUUGUUCAGAAAAUGCUUGAAUACUUACAUCAGAGUAAAGAAGAGCAUAUCAUUGUCAAUUUGGUUGGGAAAAUAGCUGAACUGGCUGAGAAAUAUGCUCCUGAUAAUUCUUGGUUUAUUCAGACAAUGAAUGCUGUGUUUUCAGUGGGCGGAGAUGUAAUGCACCCUGAUAUUCCUAAUAACUUUUUGAGACUGCUAGCAGAAGGUUUUGAUGAUGAGACAGAAGAUCAACAAUUAAGACUCUAUGCAGUUCAGUCUUAUCUCAAUUUACUAGAUAUGGAAAAUGUAUUGUACCCACAAAAAUUUCUUCAAGUUAUGAGUUGGGUUUUAGGAGAAUAUUCCUACCUCUUAGAUAAAGAAACACCAGAGGACAUUAUAACUAGGCUCUACAAGUUACUUAUGAAAGAGUCCAUUUCUUCAGAAACAAAAGCCUGGUUAAUUGCUGCUGUAACCAAGUUGACACCCCAAGCACACUCUUUUGAUAUAGUUGAGAAAUUAAUCCAGGAAUUUACCACAUCUUUGGAUACUUGUAUGAGACAACAUGCCUUUGAAUUAAAACAUUUGCAUAAGAAUGUAGAGCUUAUGAAGAGCUUAUUUCCAUUUGAUAGGAGUUGUGAAGACAUGGUGGUAGAUGCAUCUUUAUCUUUUCUGGAUGGCUUUGUAGCUGAAGGACUCAGUCAGGGGGCAGCACCUUAUAAACCUCACCAUCAGCGCCAGGAGGAAAAGCUUUCUCAGGAAAAAGUUCUCAAUUUUGAACCAUACGGACUCUCCUUUUCUUCAUCUGGUUUCACUGGACGGCAGUCUCCUGCUGGCAUUUCUCUUGGAUCCGAUGUAUCUGGAAAUAGUGCUGAGACCAGCCAGAAAGAGACAAAUAGCUUGAAGCUAGAAGGUGUAAAGAAAUUAUGGGGGAAAGAGGGAUAUCUUCCAAGGAAGGAGAGCAAAGCAGGCGAUGAAGCAGAACUGCCCCCUGUUCCACCAGAGAUGGCAAUACUGGAGAAUAGAGAUCAAGCUCUAGCAAGAAAAGAUCUGUCUCAAGUCCUUACCCAGUCUAAAGAGGAGAAAGAAAAGCAGAUGUUGGCGUCAUCAUUGUUUGUUGGGUUAGGAUCAGAAAAUACAAUCCAUCUGCUAGGAAAAGCAGACCCCGUGUCUCACAAGUUCCGAAGGAAAUCAAAACUCAAGGAAGUGAGAAGUGGAGAAACAGCCCAUUCUUCCCUUAGUUCUUUGUCAAAUGUGGCCUAUGAAGAUGAUGAUGAUUUGAAUACUUUACAGGAUAGAGGAGACACGGAACUAAAGAAAUUUUCUCUCAGUUCAGAACUUUUGGAUUCAAAGUCUCUCACGGAGCUGCCUUUGGUUGAGAAACUCUCAAAUUGCAGCCUGUCUGCACCUUCUUUGUUUGCUGAUAACAACAUGGAGAUUUUUCACCCUCCUCCAUCUAUUACAGCCUCAGUUGCCAAGGAACUCUCUGUAGUUUCUUCUUUGUUGGAAGAAACUACUGAGUGCUUGCAUUCAAGUCUUAUGAAAGUCUGUAGUAAUGAAACCAUAUCAGUGUCUUCUUACAAAAUUUGGGAAGCUGAUUGUUUAUUGAUGGUCUGGCUAGUCGCCAAUAAGACUGAUUUGGAGUUGAAAAGCGCUCAUUUAGAAAUUUUUCCUGCAGAAAAUUUCAAGAUCACAGAGCAGCCUGGAUGCCAUUUGCCUGUGGUGAAUGCAGAAAGCACCACAAGCUUCCAGCAUCGUGUGCAGGUCGAGCAACCUUUCACGGAAGGGAAUCUCUCCGGUUUCCUAACUUAUCAGAUGGUGGAUGUGCAUCCCGUUCAGCUAGACUUUUCCAUCAACUUAUCAUUAUUAGAUUUUAUUAGACCUUUAAAAAUCUCAACUGAAGACUUCGGAAAACUCUGGUUAUCCUUGGCAAAUGACGUGAAGCAAAAUAUAAGAACCUCAGCAUCUCAAGCUGUUCUGCCUUCUGCCCUAGAAGUGCUGCAGCAGAAACUGCGACUUCAUGUUGUUGACGUUGUAGGCAGUGAAGGGCUGUUGGCCUGUCAGCUACUCCCAUCAAUCCCCUGCUUACUGCAUUGCCGAGUUCACACUGAUGUGUUAGCCCUGUGGUUCAGAUCCUCCUGUGCUGCUCUUCCGGACUAUUUAUCAUAUCAGUGUCAAAAGGUGAUGGAGGGAUCCUAGCAGAAGCUCUGCUUCAUUUUACUCUAUCAAGAUAAAUGGUUUACAUCGCGAAACUCAUUUUACCAAAGU